AUGCAGGACAUUCAAAAAGACUUGCCAAUGGCGAUGGCGAUGGCUGGCCUAGCCGCUAUCUCAUGGUACAUUGGCAUCGAAAUCAACAUCUCCCUAUUUUUCCUGUUCAAGCGAAAACAUGGACUUUAUUUCUGGUCGUGUGCGCUUGCGUCCUGGGGCGUCAUUCUACAACCACUAUUUAUGAUACUUGCCGACUUCGAUAUUUGGAAGGAUCCGGUUCCGUCUCUCGUCAUGAUAUACAUCACCUGGUUUAUUAUGGUCGUUCCUCAGAGCUGGGUUCUGUACUCACGACUGCAUUUACUGAUGCGCACCACGAAAACGCUGCAAAUUAUAAAAUACGUGCUCAUCUUCAACUCGGUCGUAUUCUCUAUACCGACCAUGAUCAUUGGCACACUGGCUCAAGCCACGAAUGUCAAUCCCGCCCUGCAUUCAUUCAAUCUGAAAUGGGAUCGGAUUCAACUCAUCAUCUACUUCGCUCAAGAGUUCGCUCUGAGCAUGCUGUACAUCUUCCAGACAUAUAAGCAUUUGAAGGAUAUUUUACCACUUGAGCAACGCUUUUGGUCACUCGCAUCCACCUCAACGAAAGGUGGUUCGCCGUCAAGCGAGCGCUUUUCCGUUCUACGCCACCUUGUUUAUGUCAAUAUCCUCAUCAUUGCUCUCGACAUCACGCUCCUCGGUAUCCAGUGCGCCGAUCUCUUUUACUUGCAAGCUGCCUUGAAGCCAUGCAUCUAUGGCAUUAAGCUCAAGAUUGAGUUUGCGAUUCUGAACCGACUGAUUCGCAUUCUCCAACGCCAACAACCAAGUCGGCAGGGAGCAUACUUCGUGAGUGAUCAUGAGAGCAUGGGGCCUUCAAGCGACACGAUUUCAUGCCACGAGAGAGAUGUGCGACGCGGGAAAUCGAAUGGCGACUAG